ACUCCAAGAUGGUGUCAGUCAUACCAGUGAAGGAGAAGAAGCUCAUGGAUGUGAAACUAGGAGAGCUGCCCAGCUGGAUACUGAUGCAGGAUUUCACCCCUAAAGGCACUUUUGGCGCAUUUCAAAGAAGUUACUACCGGUAUUACAAGUAUGUCAAGGUGAAGAAAAGGGGCAUCGCCGGGGUUUCUAUGGUGCUGGCAGCUUAUGUGGUUUUCAACUACCUUCCUUGUUACAAGGGACUCAAGCAUGAACAGAUACAAAAGUAG